AUGAAGAACCCAAGAGCAAAGGGGACAGCAACACCAUCAAGCGAUCAUUCGGAAAUAACGGAAGAAAAGAGAAGAAAGAGACUUACCUUUGAAGCCUAUUCUGUAAACGGAAGCCAAACGUCGUUGAACCGUCGUUUAAUCGAAGAAUUUCGACCACCAUGUACGGUGGUCGACGGUGGUGUCGACGCCGGAGUACGGCUGCCGGCCGGAAUUGGACUCCCUCCGAUGGAGGGUUUUAGAGAGAAGGGGAGUUCAAUAUGUAAGCAUGCUGCAUAUCCUGAUCUCGAUGCUUCUACUUCAUUCUUUGGUGUUUAUGACGGUCAUGGAGGUAAGGUGGUUGCCAAAAUCUGCGCCAAAUAUCUUCAUCAGCAAGUUCUCAAGAAUGAAGUGUUUGCUGCUGGGGACAUAGGAACAUCGGUUCAGAGAGCAUUUCUAAGAAUGGAUGAGGUGAUGUAUGGACAAAUAGGAUGGAGAGAAUUAGCCAUUUUGGGUGAUAAAUUCAACAAGUUUACUGGCAUGAUAGAAGGAUUGAUAUGGUCUCCUAGGAGUGGUAACAGUAGUGACCAAGUUGAUAAUUGGGCUUUUAAGGAAGGCCCUCACUCUGACUUUUCUGGACCAACAUCGGGGUGCACAGCCUGUGUUGCGGUUCUAAGAAACAAGCAGCUUGUUGUUGCAAAUGCUGGUGACUCACUUUGUGUAAUAUCUAGAAAUGGUCAGGCAUACAAUCUCUCUAGAGAUCACAAACCUGAUCUUGAGGUUGAGAAAGAAAGGAUUUUAAAGGCUGGUGGUUUUAUACAUGGAGGACGUGUCAAUGUCUGUUUGAAUCUUGCAAGGGCUAUAGGUGACAUUGAGUUCAAGCAGAAUAAGUUUUUACCUGCUGAAAAGCAAAUUGUAACUGCAAAUCCUGAUGUAAACACUGUUGAGCUUUGUGAUGACGAUGACUUCCUUGUGCUGGCAUGUGAUGGAAUUUGGGAUUGCAUGUCAAGUCAGAAGCUAGUAGAUUUUAUCCACGAACAACUACAUUCUGAAAGCAAACUCUCUACUGUUUGUGAGAGAGUACUUGACAAGUGCUUAGCACCAUCAACAGCCACCGGUGAGGGUUGCGACAAUAUGACCAUGGUCCUGGUGCAGUUCAAAAAACCAAUCAAGUCUGUUUCAUCUUCGAUGGAUGAUUCUAAAUCAUUCGAUACUGAAUCAAAGCAAGAAGGAAAUCAGGAAUAGUAGCUGCAACUGUUGUUGGAAUCUAAGAACCUGUUUGUUUUCUCGAAUAUUCUAACAUGCAUAGGCUUAGAGCAGGAACUGAAUUGAUGACAUAUUAAGAAAGAAAGCAUGUCCUUUUUGUUUCUUGUUUUGAAUCAUUAAAUGGGGAUAUUUGUAUUUCUUAAAAUAACACAAUGUGACAAUUUCAGUAAUAAGAUGUAGAGUUGGUAACAUAUUUCUUA